CCGACACUAUAAUUUUACGUUCGUACAAUGGAUACAGAUGGUGGGAUUAGGGGUAGUGGUGUUUUGUCACACUGGAUGGAUUGGAAACUGUGGAAGUUGACACACAAAUAAUUGCGGUCUGUAUAAAUCUGUGAUGUCCUAAACCUCAAAACUCUACAAGAGAUAGAGUGGAGAAACACAAUAAUGACAGGGUUCAAGCAUCUUGUUAUCGUCAAGUUUAAGGCCGAUUCCGUAGUCGACGACAUACUUAAAGGAAUGGAGAAGCUGGUUUCGGAGAUCGACAUCGUCAAAUCGUUAGAAUGGUAUGCUCUUUUUUUUCUUUUUCUUUUUAAGAUAUUGUCUCAGGGAAACAUGGAUUUUCCAUGUGGAGUGAUGGAAGUGUUUUCUUGCAGGGGUGAAGACAUUGAGAGUGAAGAGAUGCUUAGACAAGGGUUUACACAUGCCUUCUUGAUGAGUUUCGACAACAAAGAGGAUUACUCUGCGUUUGUCGGACAUGCAAGUCAUGUUGAAUUCUCUGCAACGUUUUCUGGUGCCAUUGACAAGAUUGUGCUGCUUGAUUUCCCUUGUGUUGUUGCAAAGGGUUCGGCUUGAUGAUUUUCCACAAUUACUAGAUUGGCAUCCGUUGUUUGUUCUCUCUUGUAUUUGUGCAUCUAUGUGUUAUGGCUUGUAAUUGCUGUUAAUUUCUGAACAAUCUCAAUUUGUAUUAUGUUUUGU